AUGGCGACGGACGAUCUUUUUGGCCUAUUGGCCGGCAUGGAAGCCAUCAUGAACCUCAAUAGGGCGCAAGGAUUCACAAAAGAAUCGGUAAAUGCAUUGAUGGUUGGCGAGAAUCUUAUACCCAGUAGCACCGUUUACCUCUUUUUUGACUUUGCCUUUGAGGGGAACCUCCCCAAUGGCGACAGAACAAAGCUGCCUUUGCUCCUAGAAGACGAAGUACCUCUGUCUGGAAACCCAUAUGCUUCAUGGGCGCCCGCGCCAUACAAUCAGACCUCAUCUUGUUCGCAGGAACGCAUCUUGGCAGCAUACCGUGACCCGAACCGCAACUUUGUUGCUUCCAUCGAGCGCCGCAUAUCCAACAUGCGCGCCAGGUUGUGGGAAGGCCAGAUUCCCAUGACGGGCAAGCGCUGGAAAGAGAAGAGGCUUGAUGAAUUUGAAAACUGGCAGCCCGCCUUCGAAUUCCUCUUCGAGAUCAUUCACACGUUUAUGUGGCUGGGAGACCCCGUCACGCAAAGAGGUAUUAAAGAGAAUUUCAAUUUCAUCGCUCAGGAACUUGAGAUCUUACAGGCUGCGCUCAAUAUGCGGAGGGCGCAGAAGGGGUUCGGUUUGACUAUCAAUUUGACGGGCUUGUGGCUGGAGUGGAUCCAUGCAGUGUUUGAGACCAUGUCGACACGGACGCACAGUUGGAUGGCUGCUCGUGUGGAAGAGAUUGUGGCGAAGGGAAAGGCAAGAUAUGAUGCCGCCGUAGCCAGAGACGGGGCUGAAAAUUCAAGGGACGCUGCGAAGAAAUUGCUAGAGGCCUGGUCAGACUUGUCGAGGCUCGUGCAAAAGGCAGACUUCAUGGUUAUGAUGCCCAUGGACGACUUCAUAGGCUUCACUCCGUCGAGAUUCCCGUCCAAGGUCGCAGGAACGAUGUUUCCGAUGCCUUUCAGAGACGAUGAAUGCAAGGAAAUGUCUGCGAAUAUGAGCUGGCCAGUGUCCGAACGCCUGCUUGAUAACCUUGAUGCUGUAUAUACAAACAAGGAGGACAUAGAGGCCUUGAUGGUCGAGUCCAAAGAGCAGCACCAGAUCAUUCGAACACAGCUUCGAGGGGAGCCGAGAACGCUGGGGCCUGAGCAUUGGAUAACGAUCAUCAAGUCACGAACUGAGUGGUCGCUUAGCCACGGAGGCCCACGCGACCAAACAUGGGGAUACGUAGCUUACAACCUGACCCACCGCUCAAAGGAAGAAUGGGCUGCGUUCCUGACCAAAUUGCAUGCCGAUUUCCGGGAAGCCGGCCAGUGGGUCGAAGGGUUUGAAGAUAUCAGAGCGAACAUGGGGCUGCAGUGGGUUGAUGGUCAGGCAAAGGGAUUUUCGAAGAACAGUAUUUUGGCUGCAAAGAGACAUUUCGCCGCAUUCCGCAACUCUCCAGAUUGCCGCAGGAGAGCUUGGAAACAUGACUUCUUAGUCGUGGACGACGAGUGCUUCGACUCAUACAUGAAGCCACCUGUAGCGUUCCAAGAGACAGCGCCGUACGGGGACUAUGGAGGCUACGUCAAGCUCAUCGAUACGUCCGCAUACGACCCCCGUCUAAUUGCCGCCACUGCACCAGGCUAUCCUCAACAGUUGAGGGUUCUUGGGACUUUGAUUUUUGACGAUGUGUAUCCCCUGAUGGCAUCCUUAGGCCAUCGCCCGAGAGAUCUCUGGCCAAGUGCAGUUCUGCAUCCAAACCAAGUAUACGUGGGUCAUCCCGUUCCCGUGCAGCAGAAGAGCUGGGAGCAAAUGUGGAAGGUAAGGGAGAUUGGAAGGGACACUUUCAUACGGUGGCAAAGGGAGCAGCAGACUCAGACUCAACGCAGAUAG